AGUAAGCAGGUCUGGCGGAGAGGUAGGGGACGGCGAGCAAGGCACAGCCGAAGAAGGCAGGAAGGGAGCACGGGCAUCGGCUCAUAAGUAGAAGGCAAGCAGGAGCAAGUGUGGUUCUGGUGCAAGCGCUUGCUUUCUGUGUAUCCGAGACAACAGUUCGUUAUUUGUGAUUGUUCUCAUCUCGUCUCGUCUCGUCUCGACUCGACCGCUGCGAGCGUGUUGUGCGCGCCGACUGACUCAGGGGAUCCGAAGGACUUUUGAGAUUUCUCUCUUGCAAGGUGCUCGGGCGUAAUUUCUCGCUGUCUUCUUUCCGCCGGUGCUGCUCCCGUCCUCAUUCCAGAACUUGCUCGUAGUUUGAAGGAAAUAAGUUCGAGGCUGGACGCCGCUGCGGGUCUCUUCAUGUAAGAGAUUGAAAUUGGGUAUGCAAGUCUAACUGAUCGUCAAUAUGAAGGCGUCACUGAAGGUGAGAGAAGAGCAGAAGCCCUUGCUCCGCGCGAAGGUGCCGCUCAAUUUGUUGGGCUUGCCUCUUUUCACCGGCGUCACGUCCGGUGAUCCUCAGGAGUUGGCCCUUCACUUGGGAACAUACAGCGAUGCGGGUCCUGCAGUGAGAUUUUCGUACAAACCUAACAAUGUUGAAUCUCCUUUCGCCGUCCUUUUGAAGACGGGUUUUGGUGUGUGGGGUUCCCCACAUGGAGCAGCAUUGGCUAUGUCUGCAGAAAUCAACCUGUCGUCUACUGGCACCCCUUCCUUCUCAUUCAGAGUGAAGCCCAAGUUCGGUGAUUUUGGCUUCCGGAAAGAGAUCAGAAGCAUCAGUGUUGCAUUCACAGCAGCGGACGGGAAAGACGGAGGGGCAUCGUCCAUAGCUUUUGAAGAGAAGAUGAGGCCCAUAGACUUGGGAGGUGACGAGAAGAGGCAGGAGGACAGCAUACGGGCCCUCUCAUACGACGGUUUCUCUUCACCCAAUGCGUCUCCUACAGAUCUUAGUCCGCCUGGGAAGCUUGUCAAUGGGCUCACCGCAGGAGGACUCUUUUCCGUGAAAGAUAAGAUUCAGAGUUUUAGCAACGGAACUCUGGACAAAAGUGAGAAUACAAAAUCAGAGGGAAAGCCCCUUGACCAUUACAAAGAUGGAUCCUCCGACAACGGGUCCAUCGAAGAUGGCUUCACUCCUGUAUAUGACGUGCGGCACCCUCAUUCGCGUAACGUGGUGGACGUAGAGAAACCAGAAGAAGUAUCUAAGAGCAGCCGAGUGGAUUCCUGGAUGGGUGCCAGCACCAAUGGGUGGAGCAUGAGCGCCCAUUCCGCUCUACCUAUCGGAGAUAGGGCUGUGGCUAAGGUGAGGUGGAGUAUGAGGUUUGGAUCAAGUGCAUGCAGCAGUUUUAGAGACGGAUUCAGCAUCACUGACAUUCGAUUGCCGUCGCUCAACGUUGAUAAAUUUAGCAUUGAGGCUGUCGAACCCUUCAGGCGCCAUCAAGGGAAGCCAAGUUUCGAAACGGCAGACAUUCCUCUUCCAGGGUUCAGUUAUGCCGGCGAUGAUAGCCAGCAAAUGGGUCGUAUCGCCGCUAUGUGUGUUUCGAUGAGAUAUCAGCUCCAGCUGCUGCAUUCUGAGAACAAAAUGUUGAAGAAGACGAUGGAUGACCUGAGAUCCGAGAUUGCGACCAAGAAAUUACCUGCGAAAGCGUCAGAGCUUCUGAUGCAGGAGGAGAACGCCCUGCGAUCGCAGCUCUUUGACGAGCUGAAUGGUAAAUCGGAGACCAAUACAAGUGCCAAAGUUAAUGGCAAGUCUACUCGUGGGAAGCUUAGAGAUGGAAGUCAUGCUAAAGAAUCAAUGUCGAAGACCGAAUCACAUGAUGUGUUGAGAUCGGGCGGGAACAAGACAUCAGGUUCGGCGGUCACAGAUUUCACAAGCUCCGUAGAUCCUGUGUCCGAAGAGCUCAAGAAGGCAAUUAUGAAUGCCACUGGUGGCUAAAGUGGGUUCAAAGAGGCUAACAUCCAACUGACAUUUUUCCACAUCUAGCGUAUCUUCGGGUCCACUAGAUGCUGAAGCAGUUCCUCUGCGUGUACGUGCACUUGCCCCCAUUGUAUUAUGUAGAUAUUAGAAGUGCAACAUGUACAUGAUUUUAGCUUAACUUCACUAUGGUUGGGAUAUCCCCGCACCGGCCUUGUUCCUAGAAUGCGUAAAUACCAUUAACAUAACGAAUUGGAGCCUUAACUUCAUAUUGAUGUCUGUCAACGUUGUCAUGUUUGUCACAUUCCUAGCUCGCCUUUGAGUGCAAUAGCAGCUAGCCUCGUCUGUUUCGUAUAUCUUAGUAGAAACCUUGAGGAGCAGGAGAUUACUUGAGUCCGCUCGCUUUGUAGCAGUACCUUUGACGAGGAUGAAAAGAAACAACACAUUCUACAGCCUUCUUUGUAGUCGUGAUUUCUGGGAAUGCAAACAAUUGGGUACCCUAAACUGUCUCCAGAAUUUUGUAGCUGUGGACUUUCUUGCUACACUUCUACAGCGCCAAUUAAUUGUUUUAUCAUCCCGGUGAGGAUUAAAUAUUUCCCGUCUCAGCCCCGAUUUG